CCUUGCCAGAAGCCUUGCGAUGGCUCAAACUACGCGUACGUGCUCAUGCGUAAAACAGCAAAUGGUUGUAGGUCACUUUGCUCGUAUCAAGUUCAUUCACGUGACGUCGUGGGCUUCAUGUGUCAUACGAUGCAUUACAUUGCACAACCAGUUGAAAUACAUUGAUAUCGCCCGUGCUUUAUAAGCGGUUGCGCAGCGCAGUUACAGAAUAUUUCACAGAGUUCGAUCUACUCUAUACAUUAUGUUCUCGUAAAGUGCCGAAGCACAAUGCUUUAGAUAUCUUUCUCCUUUUUUGAACCUUCAUGUUGAGAGAAUCUAUGCCAGCGUGUAAUAGAAAUUUACUCCACAAGUUAUUUAAGCCAUGCAACAUAUCUUCUGGACGUGUUUCUAGUCAUACAGCGAGUGGAAUCGGCUGAUAAAUCCCCAGAUCCCCAAGUGCAUACUAUUUUAUUACUGACUUUAAAAAAAAAACUGUGAAAAGUUCAAAAGUCUGAAUUUCAUUCAAAAUGCCGAGGAAGACCAGAGCUAGCAAGAAACCCGCGGCUGCUGAAGUUGGAGACGUCAUCAACAUCAGCGAUGAUUUUGAUCUUGGCGACUCGGGAGCCUCCAAGACAUUCCCGUUGCAAUGCUCCUCGCUGCGAAAAGGAGGCCAUGUUAUGCUGAAGGGACAACCUUGUAAGAUCGUGGAAAUGUCUACUUCCCAACCAGGCAAACAUGGACAUGCUAAGGUCCACAUUGUUGGCAUGGAUAUUUUUAGCGGGAAGAAGUAUGAAGACAUCUGCCCAUCUUCUCACUCUAUGUCUGUACCUCACGUUAAGCGCGAGGAUUACCAGGUAAUCGGUGUGUGGGAUGAAUACGUCAACCUACUGGACAACAAGGGCGUGUCUAGGAGUGAUGUUCGUUUGCCAGAGGGAGAACUUGGCAAAGAAAUAUGUACCCGCUUCGAAGCCGAUGAAGAGAUUGUGGUGACCUUGAUGACCGCCAUGGAUCAGGAGAUGAUUUGCGGUUUGAAGAAACUACCCAAGUAGGAAUCUGGAAACAUUUCGAUUAUUGUCGGUAAUCACCCGCUAAUAAUCACCUACAACGAAAUGCAACAGUAUUCGUUGUCAUUCAAGAAUUUGUAGAUUCUACCGUAGAAAGCACUAUUACUCAUGAUGUUCUUUUAACAGUUCAAACUAACGCAUUGUCUGUUUUAUCUGGUCUCUACGCGUACUGAUUUUGCUCAAAAUAAGGCACUUUAUGCCAAGCUUGCUUACUAUCGAAAUUGCAUAAUUUAUUAAUGGUUAUCAUUUCGAUUAAUCAAUCAGAAGAAAAUAUACAGGUUAACCGUGUACUCUGGCUCUUUUUUUUUUUAUUAAACUGGUUAUUUCAUGCAUGGCAAUUAAUCAUCGGCAGACUACCGCAAUCAUAAUACAUGUAUACUUCUGAAAGUUGUAGAUUAAAUUCGUAGCUGUGAUAAUCAUCAAUUUCUCUGUAAAUUAAAACUCAUCAAAUUAUAGAAUGGUUAUUUUGAUAUUUUAAAAGAAUAAGAAUGUAGACAGUUAAAAACAAAACUGACACAUUUUCGAUCUCAUAUAAACGAAUAAUCACCUGCCAUGGUGUUAAUGAGUGUGAAAUAAGGAGUGUUAAGACAGCCAUAGAAAGGUUAACACCGAUGAUAGUUUGAGACCUUGAACUCGGUGCUGGGGAGUGGGAAGUCUGAUUGAAAAGCUGCUCAUACAGUAAAAAAUAAAACUUUUAUCCAUUAUAGAGUAGAAAAUAAAGCUUUUUCUUGACGGGCGGAUUAAUUAUAUAUAGCUUAAAGUAGCCGACAUUGAAACUUAAGUCAAGUUAGUCAUAAUAAAGUUCAGAGCAUUGAAAAUCUA